AUGGCCGCCUCCACCAUGUCUGUCUGCUCUGACGCUUGCACCAACUCCUCCUGGCAGGUGGACGACUGCCCAGAGAGCUGCUGUGAGCCCUGUGGCUGUGCCCCCAGCUGCUGCCAGACCCUCCUCUGCACCCCAGUGAGCUGUGUGUCCAGCCCCUGCUGCCAGUCUUCCUGCUGCACACCCUCAUGCUGCCAGCAAUCUAGCUGCCAGCCAGCUUGCUGCACCUGCUCCCCCUGCCAGCAGUCCUUCGGUGUGACCCUUUGCUGCAAGCCUGUCUGCUGUGUGCCAGUCUGCUGUGGUGCUUCCUCCUCAUGCUGCCAGCAGUCUAGCUGUGAGCCCUCUUGCUGCACCUCUUCCCCCUGCCAGCAGCCCUGUGGUGUGACCCUUUGCUGCAAGCCUGUGUGCUGCACACCCAUCUGCUCUGGCUCCUGCUGCCAGCAGUCUAGCUGCCAGUCCUCCUGCUGCCAGCCCUCCUGCUGUGUGCCUGUCUGCUGCAGGCCUGUGUGCUGCACACCCAUCUGCUCUUCCUCCUCCUCCUGCUGCCAGCCCUCCUGCUGUGCUUCUGUGUGCUGCAAGCCUGUGUGCUGCAAGCCCUGCUCCAGCCUGUCCCUGCUGUGCCGCCCUGUGUGCAGACCUGCCUGCUGUGUGCCCACCUCCUCCUGCUGUGCCUCCUCCUGCCAGCCCAACUGCUGUCGCCCAGCCUCCUGUGUGUCCCUGCUGUGCCGCCCUGCCUGCUCCAGACAGGCCUGCUAG